UGUAAUUAAAAAAGCUGGUUUACAGUGUAAGAUACAUCGUGUUUGAAAGUUUUAGCACACGUAUUGAUGAGUAAUUACUAACCCAUUUGUCGGUAAAAGUUCGAGCACAUUUUCUGUCGUGAAGUCAAAAAAGAAGAUAACGUAAAAGACAGAGUGCUGGAUCUUCUGCUGAAAUUGAAAACUCCGAAGUAGUUGAAGUCCCCGACUCGCGCAUUAAUGUUCCAAAACAAUCAGAUCUUCCAAUUUUAGAUGAAGGACCGGAAUGGUUUAAUUCAAUUAAGACUUAAAAAUCGUGUCUCAAAGCAAGGGUCACUUCGUGGACCGUAUUUUGGUAGCCUAAGUACAGCUGAAAAAACAACGAGAAUAUCCUCCAAUGCGAAAUAAUUUUGUAAUUUCGGACCAGCUAAAUCUUGUUUUGUAAAAUUGUCGCCAUUGUUCUUGCUUCACAAGGGACUGGGUGACGGCGAUAUCGAAAACCUUGCCGCCACCUCCUCAUAUCGAGCUCGUCAUGGCAAUGCCUUACCUCCGAACUGCAUUCAAAAGACCAACUGUGAGAGUAAGACCUGCUACCUCGGCUGAAAUGUACAAUCGUGGUAGUCGCAACACUGUUGGGGCAAUGGAUGGUCGUGGACUAGUGGCAGUGAUCAAGAGGCAGGUACCGCUGGCGGGCCAGCUCGACCACCAACUAGCAUGGGGACAGGGCUGGGGCUGGGUGACAUUACCCAACGGAGUAUGGAGUGGACGUCUCACUUGGUCCCAAGAUGGGGAAGAUUUUGCGCUGCACGCCAUGCCGAUAAUGCACCACACCAAUGUGUCCCAAGCCUGCUCCAUGCUGGACGGCGUCACCGCCUACGAAGCAUCAGCUUACGAACAAGCCUUAGCAGAGUAUGAUGAUACCGGAACAUCCGAUGACUGGGACUUCGGUAUCGACUGUGGUGAUUUCAUGAUGUAAACGAGAACAUUAUUCACGGUGUGGUCUUAAUUGAUUUAUGAUUGACACUGCCAAACUACUUACAGUAAAUCAAAAUGAUACAGAGCACAUACAUGAUGUUGUGAUAGAAAGAUUGACGAUGAAAUAUCAAAUGCCUAACUGAAGUUCUGAAAUGUAUCAUGGCCUAUAAUACUGGAACUUGUUUGAUCACUGAGCAAAAAAGAUGAAAACAUACAAACCCAACUGCAAACACAAGGAUUCCUUAUCGGGCACGCAAAAUCGUAAUAUUAAGAGUCAGUACAGUAUAUUUUUUGUUCUAUUUAGCACUUACACAGAUUGCCAUUGCAUUUUAAAAGUCAAAUAUUGUGACGCCUUUGUGAAUAUAAUUAAGGAUGUAACAGCACAUACAAGAUAAAUAAGAAAAUCAGUGCUUGCAUAUCAUAAUGGUAUUUAAGUUUCUUAUAGCCAUAUCUAGAAAAUAUUAAACGAAAUAGAAAAAGAAAACGAACGCUAAAACAUUAUAAGGAAUCCUCAAGUUUGCAGUCGUCCAAAGUGUAUGUGUUACUGUAUCGGUCAAAUACAGAAAUCAUAAAUUUAUAGACGAAAAUCGUUUUAAUAAUGACCAUUCCGUGAAUAAUAUCGUAAAAGAUCUAUAAUCCAAAAAGGUUCAUAGAUUAAAAAUCACUACCGACAAGUCAAAUUACCACGUGUUCUUAGUUAUAGUAACUUUUAACAUAAUUUGCGUGUAUUUUGUAAUUUUUCAAGCGAUUUAAUUUACUAGAUCAUGAUUAAUGAUAUGAAACAGGAAAUCAAAAGAUUAACUUGUCAUAUUGUUCUCAAGACGAUCCUACGUUGAGCAGUGCCAAAUGUUUCUUGUAAAGAUAAACUGUUGGAAUUUGUUUUUAAAGUGCCGGUCACGAUAAAAUAUUUACAUAUAUUAUGUGUAUGUGCCAAAUGUCGAUUGAAAUUGAUGGUAUUUAUGUAAAAAACAUUGAAUUAAAACCUCUUUUUUUUUCGUUUUGCGUAGCUAUAAGCACGUGUGACAUAGACGAUGCAGUUCAUUCCUGAGAAGAAG